AGUAGAGCGGUUAGUAGAGCGGUUAGUAGAGCGGUUAGUACAGAUCUUUGCUUUUCACGGAGAAACAACAAACAUUGUUUCAAACUGGCAGCCCGGCGUCCAAAGAGUCAAAAGCUCUUCAACCUGACUGGAGUCUGACUGAGGAUAAAACCUGACUGGCUGCAGGUGGAUCAGAGCUCAAACUAGUUUCUGUUCUCAGAAAAUUAAACUAACAGUCAGUGUGACAGAGAGGAGAAAUGGCACAGCAGGCAGUUCAUGUCUACAGAGAAACUUUCUCCUGUUCCAUCUGUCUGGAUCUACUGAAGGAUCCGGUGACGAUUCCCUGUGGACACAGUUACUGCAUGAACUGUAUUAAAAGCUUCUGGGAUGAAAAUAAGGAGAAGAAAAUCUACCACUGCCCUCAGUGCAGACAGACCUUCACACCCAGGCCUGUCCUGCAGAAGAGCACCAUGCUAGCAGCUUUAGUGGAGCAGCUGAAGAAGACUGGACUCCAACCAGCUCCUGCUGAUCACUGCUAUGCUGGACCUGAAGAUGUGGCCUGUGAUAUCUGCACUGGGAGGAAGCUGAAAGCCCUCAGGUCCUGUCUGGUCUGUUUGGUUUCCUACUGUAGGAAUCACCUCCAACCUCACCUUGAUGUCCGUGGACUGAAGAAACACAACCUGGUGGAACCGUCCAAGAACCUGCAGGAGAAAAUCUGCUCUAAGCAUGAUGAGGUGAUGAAGCUGUUCUGCCGCACUGAUCAGAAGUGUAUCUGUCUCAUCUGUUUAAUGGAGGAACAUAAAGACCACGACACAGUGUCAGCUGCAGCAGAAAGGACUGAGAGGCAGAGAGAGCUGGAGGAGAGACGAGGAAACAUCCAGCAGAGAAUCCAGGACAGAGAGAAAGAUGUGAAGCUGCUUCACCAGGAGGUGGAGGCCAUGAAUCACUCUGCUGAUAAAACAGUGGAGGACAGUGAGGAGAUCUUCACUGAGCUGAUCCGUCUCCUCCAGGAAAGAAGCUCUGAUGUGAAGCAGCAGAUCAGAUCCCAGCAGGAAACUGAAGUGAGUCGAGUCAAAGAUGUUCAGGAGAAGCUGGAGCAGGAGAUCACUGAGCUGAAGAGGAAAGACGCUGAGCUGGAGCAGCUCUCACACACAGAGGAUCACAACCAGUUUCUCCUCCACUACCCCUCACUGCCAGCACUCAGUGAGUCUAAAGGCUCAUCCAGCAUCAACAUCCGUCCAAUCAGACACUUUGAGGACGUGACAGCAGCUGUGUCAGAGCUCAGAGAGAAACUACAGGACGUCCUGAGAGACUCAUGGACAAACAUCUCACUGAUGGUCACUGAGGUGGAUGAUCUACUGUCAGGACCAGAACCAACAACCAGAACUGGAUUCUUAAAAUAUUCACGUGAAAUCACUCUGGAUCCAAACACAGCACACAGAAAUCUGUUAUUAUCAGAGAGGAGGAGGAAGGCACAAAGAAUGUGUCAACAUCAGUCUUACUCUCAACAUCCAGACAGAUUCACUGGAUGUUAUCAGGUCCUGAGCAGAGAGAGUCUGACUGGACGAUGUUACUGGGAGGUGGACUGGAGCGGCCAGCAAGUUUAUGUAGGAGUCGCUUACAAGAAUAUCAAGAAAGCAGGAUGGGGAAAUGAAUGUGUAUUUGGACAUAAUGUCAAUUCUUGGGUGUUGAGUUGUUCACAAAGUGGUUUUAGUUUUGGUCACAACAACAUCUGGACCCUCAUCUCAGGUCCAGUUUCCUCCAGAGUGGGAGUGUAUCUGGACCACGCAGCAGGUCUUCUGUCCUUCUACAGCGUCUCUGAAACCACGACUCUGAUCCACAGAGUCCAGACCAGAUUCACUCAGCCGCUGCACGCUGGGGUUUAUGUUUGUGGUUCUGUAAAGUUCUUUAAACCCAGAUAGAUUUCCUCUCUUCUGUCGGAUUAUUGAUCAGGGUUCAUUGAUUUGAUGUUUCAGCUGUUCUGCUCUUUAUUUCUCUGAUUUGAUUGUAGUUCUCUGCUUUCCAGGAGCCAUAAUGGAAAUCACUGCGGAUGAUUUCUGUCUCUAAUAUUUAAUAUUUAUGAUAUAUUUGCUGUCUAACUUCCUCUGUUCUGCUGAACAAAUGUUGUUCUUGUUUAGAUCAGUUGAGAUUGAAGUGAAAUGAAGUUGCUCUAUAAUUUAUUGUGAUUCAAAGAAGAGAACUGAAACUAACAUUAAAAAUAAAAUUGAUUGUUUUAUCCAAACGUU